AUGGGAAAAAAGCGUGUUCUUGUUAGUUACGGCGUCGAUGUGGACGCCAUCGCUGGGUGGUUGGGAUCAUAUGGCGGCGAGGACUCACCCAAUGACAUCAGCAGAGGAUACUUCGCAGGCACAAUCGGCGUCCAGAGGGUGCUAAAAUUAUUUGCCAAGUAUGAUAUCAAAUCUACAUGGUUCAUUCCCGGCCACAGUCUCGAGACAUUCCCUGAAGAGAUGGCAGCUGUUCGAGACGCUGGGCAUGAGAUUGGUCUUCACGGCUAUUCGCACGAGAACCCAACCGACAUGACCCUUGAACAGCAAAGAGAAGUCCUUGAUAAGACGUAUCGAAUGCUCACUGAGUUCGUGGGCAAGCCACCAAGAGGUAGUGUUGCGCCUUGGUGGGAGACUAGCAAGGAAGGCGCGCAGCUGCUUCUUGAUUACGGCAUUGAAUACGAUCAUAGUAUGAGCCAUCAUGAUUGCCAGCCAUACUAUCUCAGGACUGGAGACACGUGGACAAAAAUCGACUACAGCAAGAAAGCCAGCGAGUGGAUGAAGCCACUCGUACGAGGAGAAGAAACAGGACUAGUAGAGUUGGCAGCGAAUUGGCACUUGGAUGAUAUUCCGCCAUUUCUAUUCAUCAAGAAUGCGCCAAACAGUCACGGCUUUGUCAAUCCAAGAGACAUCGAGGACAUGUGGAGAGACCACUUCGACUACUUUUACCGCGAAUACGACGAGUUUAUUUUCCCCUUGACUAUCCACCCGGAUGUUUCAGGGCGUCCUCAUGUAAUAUUGAUGCACGAAAGACUCAUUGAGUACAUGAUGAAGCAUGAAGGGGUGGAGUUUGUUACAAUGGAGCAAAUCUGUGAUGAGUUCAAGGCGAAGAACCCACCACCUGCUGGAGCAGUAUUGCCUGCCGCACCUGGGGCGAUUCUCAAACAAUCAUAA